GGAAGCACAGAGGAGGUCGCCAUGUGACUUGUCGGCGGUGAUCAUAUUAUAGAGUAUUUGUUGUCUUUGACUUUCCUUCAAGAAAGUCAAUCAGUAGCUCAAUCGGUGAUGGUGACAAAGCUGUAGGAAAGUGUCAAUAUGCAACGUACGGAACCUCUAGGGAAGAUCAGUGUAUAUUUGGGUGGGACUGGGGUUUGUCGAGCGUGUAAAUCGAGCGUUUUUUAAGAAGAAAAAAAUAAAUUUUAUUCUGACUGUUCAGUAAAAUACAUGAUCACUUCUUUAACUCUCUUAGAUGUCAAAAUAUUCGUUUUUGAGUUUGCUUGAUUGAAGAGUAUAGAGAAAGAUAAUUACGUAGAUUUGUGAAAAAUACAGAAAAGUAAAACCAGGGUAACUGAACAAAGAGCUGUAGAUUACACAGCAGACAGCACACCAUCUGACAAUACACACAAAAAAAUCCCGGGAAGUGGGGUUUUUUAUCGUUUAAGUAUUAAACAGGUUUUUAAAAAACACGUGUCUUUCAGGCUGUCCUGUAUUAAGUGUUUAAUUGUGCAGGAAUCUUGGGAAAGUCGUGGUCAUGACCUUUUCAGAGUUCCUGGGUGCCCUAAAGGACAACCCUUAUUUUGGGGCUGGGUUUGGGUUGGUGGGAGUGGGCACAGCUCUGGCUGUAGCUAGGAAGGGUGCACAGCUAGGGAUGAUUGCCUUUCGCAGGCACUACAUGAUUACCCUGGAGGUUCCCAGCAAGGACAAGAGCUACCAGUGGCUGCUGAGCUGGAUCACCAAGCAUGCUCGGAAGACUCAGCACCUCAGCGUGGAGACCUCCUAUAUGCAGCAUGAGAGUGGCCGUGUCCGCACACAGUUUGACUUCCUCCCCAGCCCGGGCAACCACAUCAUCUGGUAUAAGAAGAAGUGGAUUAGAGUGGAGAGGACCAGAGAGAAGCAGAUGAUUGACCUCCAUACUGGCACACCCUGGGAGUCUGUCACCUUCACUGCCCUGGGGAGAGACCGAGAGGUUUUUUUCAGCAUCCUCCAGGAAGCAAGGGAGCUGGCUCUGAAGCAGCAGGAAGGGAGGACGGUGAUGUACACAGCCAUGGGAUCAGAGUGGCGUCCGUUUGGGUUUCCACGGCGUCGGCGACCUAUGAGCUCCGUGGUUCUGGAGAGGAGUGUGGCUGAGAGGAUUGUGGAUGACGUGAAGGAGUUUAUUGGCAAUCCCAAGUGGUACACUGAUAGAGGGAUCCCUUACAGAAGGGGCUACCUACUGUAUGGACCUCCAGGAUGUGGCAAGAGCAGUUUUAUUACAGCGCUGGCAGGGGAGCUGGAGUACAGCAUCUGUUUGCUGAGCCUGAGUGACCAAAGCCUGUCUGAUGACCGGUUGAACCACCUUCUGAGUGUGGCCCCACAGCAGAGCAUCAUCCUGCUGGAGGACGUGGAUGCUACAGUCAUCAGACGCAACCUGGCAUCGGAGAACCCCGUUGCCUAUCAAGGCAUGGGAAGACUGACCUUCAGUGGGCUCCUAAAUGCCCUGGAUGGUGUUGCUUCCACUGAAGCCAGAAUCGUUUUCAUGACAACCAACUACAUUGACAGAUUGGACCCUGCUCUCAUCCGACCUGGCCGGGUGGACCUGAAGCAGUACGUGGGGCACUGCUCACAGUGGCAGUUGACCCAGAUGUUCCAGAGAUUUUAUCCCAAUGUGCCUUUGGGAGAAAGUGAGCGGUUCGCCGAGCGUGCACUGGCUGUCUCUGCCAGUCUUAGUGCUGCCCAGGUACAGGGACAUUUCAUGAUGUACAAGCUGGAUCCUGCUGGCUCCAUAGACAAUGUGAAGGACAUUGUUCGUUGAACCAAAAAUGGAUUCAUGGCAAAGAACCAUGUGUUGACUGGAUGGAUUAACUCAAAUUUCCCUUUGGACGUUUCUAACAAAGUGAUUAAUCUGGAUGCCAACAUAUUUUUUGUGACAUACCAGUAAAUAAAUGGGAAUGAAAAGAACUGUUCGUAACCUGAGACUGUUGUGGAAUCUAUAGUUUGAGGGACAUCUGGCAUACAUAAGAAAGAGCUUAGUUAAAGCCUUUGACAUUAUUCUUAAAAUACUGCUGUGUUUCCCGAAUAGGAUUCAAUGUCUCUGGCUCUGGUUAUAUUUCCUUUCAGACACCCGGGUUAAGACAACCUGAGCUUCUUAAUAUCAAGGAAACGUAAUGUAACGCUUGUCUUUUAUCCAUUUACCACAGUAAAAUGUAUAAUUCUUGCUUGUUUUCAUUGUUCGUCAUUACCUUUCUUCCCAUCUUUUACCUGUUUACUUACACAUAAUCCCUGUCAAGCUCCACAUAAUGUGGUUGUGUGCAUUUUGGGUAAAAGAAACCAUGGUUGUUGUCUGAAUUGUGAAACGCCUUUCAAUUAUCAGCGAAAAGCAAACUGUGAAGAUAAAACUGGAUGUUUCAGUUAUACAUUUUUCUUUAAACAUUAUUUAAUAAAAAUACAAAGAUACUUGAUAAAAGUAUAAUAGUUCCUUAUUUGUUCCAAUAGUGGUUAGCAUUGUUGCCUUGCUGCGCUGGGACCCUGGGUUCAAUUCUAGACCUGGGCUGCUAUCUAUGUGCAGUUUGUUCUGUAUGCUAACGCCAUGUGCACGUGGGUUUGCUCCAAGCACUCUGGUUUCCUCCCACAGCCCAAAGAUAUACUGGUAGGUUACUUGGCUUCUAGGAAAUGUGGCUCUGGUGUUAGUCUGUGUCUGUUUGUGUCUGUGUGUACCCCACGAUAUACUUGUGCCUGGUGUUUUUAAUGGGAGAGGGUACAGCUCCCUUAUAACCCUGUAUUCGAUAAAGUGGUUUGAAAAUGGA